AUGUUUCAUUGGAUUUGGCCGCAAAAGUCUGUCAAAGGUGAUGUUGUUGUAAUUACUGGCGGUGCCAUGGGUCUUGGACGUCUCCUCGCACUUCGCUUUGCUAGACUUGGUGCUAUUGUCGUCAUUUGGGAUCUACAUGUAGAUUUAGGGUAUCAAUUAGUGGAGCAAAUUGAAACUCAAGGCGGCAUUGCUCAGUUUUAUCACGUAGACGUGACAGCUCGUGAGAAAGUGGAUACGAUUGCCCAUCAAGUGCUUCAUACGUGGAAAGCAGUUGAUAUUUUGAUCAAUAAUGCUGGGAUUGUAGAUGGUCACCCUUUACUCGAAUCAUCCGACGUUAUGAUGGAGCGCACAAUGGCAGUUAAUGCCACGUCGCAUUUGUGGACCAUUAAGGCUUUCUUGCCUAUGAUGAUCAAGAGAGAUAAGGGUCAUAUUGUGUCAGUUGCUAGUGCUGCGGGAAUCUUUGGAGCACCUGGAAUGGUCGACUAUGGUGCAAGCAAAUUUGCCGCAAUUGGCUUGAUGCUCAGUUUACGCCAGGAACUACAUGCUAUGGAGCAUUUUGGCAUACAUACGACCAUCGCAUGUCCUAGUUUUAUUGCAACCGGGAUGUUUGAGGGGGCGAGUCCCCCACUAUUCACACAGUGGUUGACACCUGAGUACGUGGCAGAUCAAAUUGUCAAGGCUGUUCGCAGGAACCAGUGGCGAGUUUUGCUGCCGUCUAUUUUGUGCUUCUUGGAGAUCCUGGCAAUCAUUAUGCCCAUGUCCUUUGUAGAUUGGUUUAUUCGCAUCACAAAGACGUCACAGUCCAUGAAGAGAUUCAAACAGACGCGCAAACACACUUUCAAGCAUGACUAG